AUGACAGUGACAUACACCAACCGCGUGGCUGACGCCCGCCUAGGCACCUUCUCGCAGCUCCUGCUCCAAUGGAAAGGAAGUAUCUACAAACUCCUCUACUCAGAGUUCCUUAUUUUCAUCUCUCUCUACUUCACCAUCAGUCUUGUCUACAGGCUGAUCCUGAGCGAAAGCCAAAGGCUGAUGUUCGAGAAACUGGCGCUCUACUGCAACAGCUAUGCUGAGCUGAUCCCCGUGUCCUUUGUGCUGGGUUUCUACGUGGCUCUGGUGGUGUCCCGCUGGUGGGCUCAGUACGAGAGCAUCCCGUGGCCUGACCGCAUCAUGAACUUGGUCUCCUGCAACGUGGACGGGGAGGACGAGUACGGGCGGCUCCUGCGACGCACCCUCAUGCGCUACAGCAACCUGUGCAGCGUGCUGAUCCUGCGCUCGGUCAGCACCGCUGUCUACAAGCGCUUUCCCAGCAUGGAGCACGUCGUGAGGGCAGGUCUCAUGACACCAGAAGAGCACAAGAAGUUUGAGAGCUUGAAUUCCCCCCACAACAAGUUUUGGAUCCCGUGUGUGUGGUUUUCCAAUCUGGCUGUGAAGGCAAGGAACGAGGGGAGGAUCCGGGACAGCGUGCUACUGCAAGGCAUCCUGAAUGAGCUCAACACCUUGCGCAGCCAGUGCGGGCGACUCUACGGGUAUGACUGGAUCAGCAUCCCCCUGGUCUACACACAGGUGGUGACCGUGGCCGUUUACAGCUUCUUCCUGGCCUGUCUGAUCGGGCGGCAGUUCCUGGAUCCAGAAAAAGCAUAUCCUGGCCAUGAACUAGAUCUCUUCGUGCCUGUCUUCACAUUUUUGCAGUUCUUCUUCUAUGCUGGCUGGUUAAAGGUGGCCGAGCAGCUCAUCAACCCUUUUGGGGAGGACGAUGACGACUUUGAAACCAACUGGCUCAUCGACAGGAACCUGCAGGUGUCCCUCAUGGCAGUGGAUGAAAUGCACCAGGAUCUGCCCAUUCUGGAGAAGGACCUGUACUGGAACGAACCGGAUCCCCAGCCACCGUACACCGCAGCCACUGCUGAGUACAAGCGCCCAUCGUUCCUCGGCUCAACUUUUGAUAUCAGCAUGCAGAAAGAAGAGAUGGAGUUCCAGCCCCUGGAGCAAAUAAAAGAGAAUGAGGAGGCCAACCACUCCACACCGUUACUGGGACACCUGGGCCGCCUCCUCGGUGUCCAGUCACCAAGCUUCUCUAGGUCCUCUUCCCGGAUGAACCUCCUGCGCAGGCGAGGAGACCCCACGUCCCCCUUCUCCCAUUAUACGUACCAAGACGUGGGCAAGCCGGGGAGCCCUUGCAGCAUCAAUCAGCCACGGGGAGACUCCAGCUCACAGGAGCCGUGGGACAGCGAAGAUGGAAAACUACGGGAGUUUGAUGCCUUCAUGUCAACCCCAUUUUAUGAGAGACCUGGUUUCUACAGCGCUCCACAGACACCCAUCAGCUCCAUCCCCAUGAUCUUCCCUUCUAGACGCCAGGGCCGCAAGAAGCCUCCUGCGCUCUCCAGCAUCGCUGCAUGCUCGUCUUCUCUGAGGGAUGUCAUUGCCAACUCCUCACCUUCCAGGGUCAGUGAUACGUGUAAGAGCCAGAGCUCCUUCGGCUCAGGUGCAAAGGAAACAUUUAUUUGGCCAACAGAUCACAGCAAAGGUCCUGACUCCCUGGUUGUAACAGCGGAAGAGGAGAAGAGCAACUCGAACAGUAAAAGCAGAGAAGGUGCCACCUCAGGAAGCCCAGCAGUUCAGUCCGCAGCAUCAGACAGCCCUAAAUUCCCCUUCCUGGCAGAGUCCCCAGACUGGGAGAAGCAGGGUAGCUUCAAGAAUCUGAAGAGCUUGAAAGGCUCCCACCCACCCUGGCUGGAGAACGCAGCACCAGCCACUCCCAAUUCUGAGCAAUCAAGCACCUUCCACACUCCCAGUAACAAAACCCCCGGGGGCAGCGCCUCCCUCUGCUUCUCGUUCACUCCUGUAACGUCUCCAGCACUGGAGAGAUCCCACGCAGGGAACAUGGGCCCUGAUGCUCACAGCCUCAGUUUAGAAGACACAGCCAGCGCUCCAGAGCAGCGUUCAGCAGAGGUUUCCAGGACCACGAGAGAUCCUGGAAAUGGAAGUGCCAACACUCCUCCUACAAAAGAGCCAAGAAGAACAGAGAGUCCAUCCCCCAACGACUCUGGCAUCUCUCUAGCCGAAGGUGACUACGUGGGGCUGAUGGAGGUGAUCAUGGAGACCAGCGAAAACACAUGUGAGGAGCAGACAGAUCAGUACAGCUAG